GCGUGCGCAGUGGCUCCCCUUCGCUCGAGCAGCGGGGUUGACCUUUCACCUUUCCGCAGUGACAGAGCCCGGAUGAGUUUGCAGGAUGUCGUUUUGAAGGGAGGUGAAGAGAUCACCAAGAAGUGAUGCCUAUUGAAAGUGGAAGCAGUGCAGCUGCACGGCAGGGGAAAUCGAAACGCAAACCUCACGCUAUCUCUAUUCGAAGGACAAACAGCUCUGAGCAGGAACGUGUCUUAUCUCAGCGUGAAAUGUUGGAAGGACAGGAUUCCAAGCUACCAUCAUCAAUUCGGCAACCUUUGCUGGAACUGUUUGGACAGAUUGAACGAGAGUUUGAAAAUUUGUACAUUGAAAAUUUGGAAUUGCGAAGAGAAAUUGAAACUUUGAAUGAUCGUUUGACAGCUGAAGGUCAAACAGUGGAUGGGGGAGAUUUAAGCAAAGGACAGCUAAAGGCAAAAGCAAGCCACAGUACCAGCCAGUUAUCUCAAAAACUGAAAACAACCUACAAGGCCUCUACUAGCAAGCGGUCAAACUCUUUCCCAGGCAAAGCAAUUGGAGUACGCAACUUCAACAUGGGAAGUUGGGAGCUGUGGGGUGGAGACUCGUGGAUUGUGUCAAGUUUCAAGACAACAACUUCUAGAGCGGUCUGUCAGCUGGUGAAAGAAUACAUAGGACACCGAGAUGGGAUUUGGGAUGUCAGUGUUACACGCUUGCAGCCUGUGGUGCUGGGCACAGCAUCAGCUGAUCACAGUGCUAUGUUGUGGAGCAUUGAGACAGGGAAGUGUCUCUUGAAAUACACUGGCCAUGCAGGGUCAGUGAAUUCAAUCAAAUUCCAUCCAUCAGAACAGGUAGCUCUCACAGCAUCUGGAGAUCAGACGGCGCAUAUCUGGCGAUACAUAGUGCAACUGCCCACUCCACAGCCUGUAAUUGAUUCAAACCAAAUGUCUGGGGAGGAAGAAGUUGAUUUCUCAGACAAAGAUGAAGUGGAUGGAGAAGUGGAAUGUCCCAGUGAAAGUCCAACAGUCCGAGCUCCAUCAACUACACUCAAGAGUCAUCAGGGUGUGGUCAUAGCUGCUGACUGGUUAGUUGGAGGCAAGCAGGUGGUCACAGCAUCCUGGGAUAGAACUGCAAACCUUUAUGAUGUAGAAACGUCAGAACUAGUGCAUUCUCUGACAGGACACGACCAAGAGUUAACUCAUUGUUGUACUCACCCUACUCAGCGCCUUGUCGUAACAUCAUCACGUGACACCACCUUUCGUCUCUGGGAUUUUCGAGACCCUUCAAUACACUCGGUCAACGUCUUUCAGGGUCAUACAGACACUGUAACAUCUGCUGUCUUUACUGUGGGAGAUAAUGUUGUAUCUGGCAGUGAUGACAGAACUGUAAAAGUCUGGGAUUUAAAGAAUAUGCGCUCUCCUAUAGCAACAAUUCGUACUGACUCAGCAGUCAACAGAAUAAGUGUUUCAGUUAAUCAGAGGAUUAUAGCACUUCCUCAUGACAAUCGUCAAGUUCGAUUAUUUGAUAUGUCAGGAGUACGUUUAGCACGUCUACCCCGCAGUAAUCGUCAGGGCCAUCGACGUAUGGUGUGCUGCACAGCUUGGAGUGAGGACAAUCCAACAUGCAACCUCUUCUCUUGUGGUUUUGAUCGUCAAGCUAUUGGUUGGAAUAUCAAUAUCCCAGCACUCUUGCAAGAAAAGUAAAAUACCAUAGAGUGUUUCAAAACUGACUUUAAAUAACUCUAAUCUUUAUAUGCUUAACUAUGUUUCUAUUGUUGUUACUGCUGUGAGUCUUCCAUCUAAGAAGAAAGAAUUGUAUGAUUGGCAUUGAAUGGCUUAACAUGCAUAAUCUGCAUGCAAUGUCCAUGAAACUAUGCUUGGUUAAUGAGCCAAUUUUGAAUGCAACCAUGCAUAUUUCUUAUGUUUGUAAUUUAUGUGUUCUUCGCUGGUCGUUAGAAUUGGUUGACCUUCUCACAUACGGCGUAUAAAUGAUUUGCACAGAAGUUAUAGCUGGAUUCUGUAGCAGUGUGAGCAGGGCAUUUUUGAAUGACUGAAAAAAUGUGAAGUUCUACCAAAUGUAAAUUAUGUGAAGGGUAUAGUUGUGUUUGUUGUAACCUGAAAAUUCUACAUAUCUUCCUUGUUGCCUUGUAGAAAAUGCGGGGUUAGGAUAUUGUAAUUUUGAUGUAAUUUCGCAUAUUAUAUUUUCCUUCAGCAGUCUUUCUACCUGCAAUCAGUAUCUGACUGUAUCAAUGUACUGCAGUGAAUUUGAGAUAUGUAUUUAGAUCUUUUCCUCAUUUCAGCAAUGUUUGGAAUUCAGGUAUUUGAAUAUCAUAGGAGUGGGCAGUAAUGUUCAUUUGUGGAAUUAUAACCUCAUAUAAUGUAGUUAGUCAGUUAUAGGCCUUGGCUCUGAUAUGCAUUUUGUCAAAACGUACACUAAUGAGAAAGAAAUGCUAUAAAGUUUUUUUGUAUACUUUUUUUUUCUUUACUUCUGUGAUUCAAGCCAAUAUUAAGUGCACAGAGUCCUACCUCCAAUCUGUGAGAUUGUGGGCAUAUGAUUAGUGUUGUAAUGUCUGCGAUCAGGAAGACUCAUUAAAGACUAAAGGCAAAUUAUUUGCAUUCGAGAUCUCAUACGCACCAUAACUUUGUUAGUCACAUGAGACUUCAAGUGCUGAACAUAAUGGCUUGGAUAUCUAAAUAUGCACAAAUUAUCUAAAUUCCGAGUUUAAAUGAUUUGGAACCCAUUGUGUUUCAGAUUUAAUGUAUAUUUGCAUAUUUUUACAUAGUUAAGCACAAUUGUGCUUAAUAUUAAGUAAUUUGGCCAGCAACCAGUUCAAGUGACAAAGCAUUGUGGUGCUAUCCUUUGUCCAGUAUGCUGUCAAUGCAAUAAUCUAAUUUCAUGAAUUAUUUUGGUUCCUGCGUUAGUACCAACAGAAGCUUGAAAUAAUCAGAUGUUUACUGGCAGGUAUAGAUUUAAAUUUUUCUUUAUUAACCCCAAAGAUUAGUAAUGUUCAAAACUGCAUCCUGCAUUUAGCUGCCUGAAUGCUAAACAAUGUAUUGCAUAUUGUUCAUAAUCUGUGUUUCAAUUGAUGUUGGCUUUAGUGUUAAUGGUUUAUCAGUGUCGCAGUUAGAGCAAAUAAUGCAGGAAACAGUUUUUUUUUGUUUUCUAACAACUGGACAAUCUUAAUGGACUUGUUUGGAUUUGAUAUCAACAAAUGAAUGGUUGAUUUCCAAGUCAGCAGUCCAUAGCUGCCUUGGAACUUCCUAUUGGAUGGAUGAAUACUGCAGUAUGCUGAGUAUGAUUAUGAUACUGUCACAACAUAUGGCAGUUUACAAGUAGAGCACUGGAUAUUGUUUAAGCAGCAGAUUGUUCUGACAUAAACUAUAAACUAUCCAAUGUAAGAAACAUUACUAGACAAGAUGUUGUAACUUCUAAAAUCAAUUUUUGUUUGUUUGUGUGAUUUGUAUCACGUCCCCGUGUGUUCCAUGGGCAACUCAGUAAAAAUGUAGUUCCUUCUUUUCAUUAAAGCAUUAAAUAUUUGUGUUAUAAAUUA